CGCAUUGCACUCUGGGAAUCCGAGAGUUAGGCGGCGAAGCGGCCAUUUUGUGGAUGUCGGCGGAGAGAGCGGGAGGGAAGCCUUUGGUCUCGGUGUCGCUGGUCGUCGUCAGUUUUUCGAGCCUCGUAAACUAAGAAGCCGUCGCCGACGAUAUGGGAAGAAAGAAAAAGAAGCAGCUGAAGCCUUGGUGCUGGUAUUGUAACAGGGAUUUUGAUGAUGAGAAAAUUCUUAUUCAGCACCAAAAAGCAAAGCACUUUAAAUGUCAUAUAUGCCAUAAGAAAUUGUACACUGGACCUGGUUUAGCUAUACACUGUAUGCAGGUACAUAAAGAAACAAUAGAUGCUGUUCCAAAUGCAAUACCUGGAAGAACUGACAUUGAACUGGAAAUCUAUGGUAUGGAGGGCAUUCCAGAAAAAGACAUGGAUGAAAGAAGAAGACUUCUUGAACAAAAAACCCAAGCAGAGAGCCAGAAAAAGAAGCAGCAAGAUGAUUCAGAUGAAUAUGAUGAUGAUGAAUCUUCAGCGUCAACCUCAUUUCAAGCACAGCCUGUGCAACCCCAGCAGGGAUAUAUACAGCCAAUGGCACAGCCAGGUUUACCUCCUGUACCAGGUGCACCAGGAAUACCUCCAGGUAUACCACCAUUAAUGGCAGGUGUUCCACCAAUGAUGCCAGGAAUGCCUCCAGUGAUGCCUGGAAUGCCACCUGGGAUGAUGCCAAUGGGUGGCAUGAUGCCUCCUGGGCCAGGAAUCCCACCUCUCAUGCCUGGUAUGCCACCAGGUAGGUCAGGAGUGAUGAAUCCCUACUGUGGUAUGCCUCCACCAGUUGGUCCUCGGCCAGGUAUGCCCCCCAUGACACAAGCACAGCCUGUGUCUGCUCCAGGUGUUCUUAACAGACCUCCCGCUCCUGUCUUGGCACCAAAUCCUCAACCUCCAGUCACUAAACCACUUUUUCCCAGUGCUGGACAAAUGGGGACACCUGUCACAAGCUCAAGUACAACUUCAUCCAAUUCAGAACUGUCCGCACCUUCUAAAGCUUUGUUUCCUAGCACAGCACAAGCUCAGGCAACUGUUCCAGGGCCAGUUGGUACAGAUUUCAAACCUUUGAAUAAUGUGCCUGCAACUACUACAGAACUCCCCAAACCUACAUUCCCUGCUUAUACACAGUCUAUAACUUCGACCACUAGUACAACAAACAGUACUGCAGCUAAACCUGCUACUUCUAUAACAAGUAAGCCUGCUACUCUUACAACAACCAGCGCAACCAGUAAGUUGAUCCACCCAGAUGAGGAUAUAUCCUUGGAGGAAAGAAGAGCCCAAUUGCCUAAAUAUCAGCGCAAUCUCCCUCGACCAGGGCAAGCCUCCAUGGGCAACCCACCUGUUGGACCAAUUGGAGGUAUGAUGCCACCGCAGCCAGGAAUUCCUCCGCAGCAACAAGGAAUGAGACCUCCAAUUCCACCUCAUGGUCAGUAUGGUGCCCAUCACCAGGGCAUGCAAGGAUACCUUCCUGGAGGGAUGCCUCCGUAUGGCCAAGGGCCCCCCAUGGUGCCUCCUUAUCAAGGCGGACCUCCUCGGCCUCCAAUGGGAAUGAGACCGCCAGUCAUGUCGCAAGGUGGCCGCUACUGAGGCUACAGCAAGUGCUCUAAUAGGUUUGGAGAUUAAACCUUUUCUCAUCUUGUGCUGUUAAUAUAGCCAAGCUUCCAUCAAUUAAAACUCCGUUGUGACUUUUAGAAAAAAAAUCUUUCCACAUACAAGGAACUGUUGGACAUUCUUAUUUUACAUGGGGAAAAUUUAUUUAGAGUAAUAAAACAGAACCUUCCCUGAUAUUGCAAUUUAUACUGUAUGGCUUCUUUUUCAUGUUUCAUCUAGGUUUUUAGAAGUGAAGUAUAGUAAAUAUGGUUCGUUAAAUUGUGAAGGCGCUGGAAUUACAUGAACAUACCAUCUUAAAGGCAAGUUCUGUAACCUUAUGUUGCUGUUCGUAAAAUGAUGCCUUCACAGCACGUCAUGUGCUGUUGGACUUCAUGUCCCCAACAAAAGUUUGGUGAGGGCUUUAACUGUUACCAUCCACUUGUACACUGAAGUCUGAACAUGUAACAGUAUUUAAUGUAUUUAGAGUUCCUCCUAUUGCAGGGUUUAUAAAAUUGACCCACUAAGUUCAUGUGACUUUCUGUACUGUUUAACUUCAUUGUAAUAAAAUGAAAGAAAAACAUUGUCUUUUUAUUCAUGACCAGCUGUGGACAACUGCCUGAAGGUUUGUACGAAUGCAUGCUGUGGUAGCUUAUGGUAUAAUAAACACAAAUUUCGUGAUGCUCCAUUGA